CAGCCGGUGUGCAUACUGCAUGCUCUCUAUUUAUUAGUAUAGUAAAGAGUUUUGUUAAACAGUCAAAAGUUUAGUAAUGCAAUUAAUGUUUCAAAAUGAAACGGACCAAGUGUAAAAAAAAGUGUUCAAACAAACGUGUGUGAGUUGCAUCCAGAAACAGCCCCCCCCCGCGCUGUGUGAUUCACACAGCAAUCCACAGCAAGGUCAAGGAAGGAGGACCAAACAACCGAAGUCUGCGCUGUGAUUUUGUGUGCAGUGCACACACCGGUACACCGUUCAUAUCGUCGGGCAUCAUCAAGUGCCCCCUUUUGUAGUAGCAGAGAGGUUCUUAACAACCAAUUGACAACACUGAUCUCGCUAUCAAAAGACUUCAUCUUCAAAAUGGCUGAUAAAAAAGCUGAAGUUGCGUCACGUUCAGAGAGGUUUCACUACAAUGGCUUCCUGCCGGACACACUGAAUUCCUCCUACCAUGAGGUGGAUCUCAAUGCUGAACCUCCUCCCUCUGAUGCAGACGUGGUCAUAAUUGACGGGCAGCAGUCUCGCACCUUGAAAGACAAAGAACUCUUGCAGCAAGCGCAGAGGGAGGAGGAUGAUUCAGAUGAAGAGCUGGACUUUUAUGAGGCAAGCCCGUCACAGAGACUUCUUCCAUUGAGUGAAACACACGUUGCAACACAGCGGAAGAGGACGCCCUCUUUGACUGCCCUGAGGGACGGCCAACAAGGACACGAUGAGCUUGAGGAAAUCAGCAGCGAUGAGGCCCACGAUUCUCAACAAGGUAGGCUUUUGGAGAGACCUGGACCCUAUUUCACAAAGAUCUAAGAUUGAUCGUAAGGCCAUGUUUCGCGUCCCCGCCCGCUUCCUUUUUAC